AUGGGAUGUGACAACGUCAUUACCUACCUAAGGGUUUUUGGGACAACACUGUUUGGAGUCUCACUACUCGUGGGAAUCUCUACUGCCUACAUCAUGGGCUAUCAGUUUUUCACCACUGCUGGCAACUAUUUGUCAUUUGGUCUUUACGGGGCCAUACUAGUCAUUCACCUCAUCAUCCAGAGUCUGUUUGCUCUGCUAGAACGCAGGAACAUGCGGCGCUCGCUGGAGACGCCCAUCAAACUCAACAAGUCCCUGUCCCUCUGCAUAGCCGCCUACCAAGAGGACCCGGCCUACUUGAGGAAGUGCCUGAUGUCAAUCAAGCGCCUCACCUACCCUGGCAUCAAGGUGAUCAUGGUCAUCGACGGGAACAAAGAGGACGACCUAUACAUGAUGGAGAUCUUUCGGGACAUCAUGGGCCACGACAAAGUGUCCACGUACGUCUGGAAGAGCAACUUCCACUCGCGGGGGCCCGAGGAGACGGACGAGUCCUACGCCGAGAGCCUGAGGCACAUCACUCAACUGGUGCUCACCAGCAAGUGUAUGUGCAUCAUGCAGAAGUGGGGCGGAAAGAGGGAGGUCAUGUACACCCCCUUCAAAGCCCUAGGGAGGAGUGUGGACUAUGUGCAGGUGUGUGACUCUGACACCAUGCUGGACCCUGCCUCAUCAGUGGAGAUGGUGAAAGUACUGGAGGAAGACCCCAUGGUGGGUGGAGUCGGAGGUGAUGUCCAGAUUCUCAACAAAUAUGAGUCUUGGAUCUCCUUCCUGAGCAGUGUCCGGUACUGGAUGGCCUUCAACAUUGAGCGAGCGUGCCAGUCCUACUUUGGCUGUGUGCAGUGCAUCAGCGGGCCCCUCGGAAUGUACCGGAAUUCUUUACUGCAGGUGUUCCUCGAGGACUGGUACAACCAGACCUUCAUGGGUAGCCACUGCAGCUUCGGCGACGACCGGCACCUCACAAACAGGGUGCUGAGCCUCGGCUAUGCCACUAAAUACACGGCGCGCGCCAAGUGCCUGACUGAGACGCCAAUCACCUACCUGCGCUGGCUCAACCAGCAGACUCGAUGGAGCAAGUCCUACUUCCGCGAGUGGCUCUACAAUUCCAUGUGGUUCCACAAGCACCACCUGUGGAUGACCUACGAGGCGGUGAUCACCGGCUUCUUCCCCUUCUUCCUGAUUGCCACCGCCAUCCAGCUCUUCUACCAGGGCCGGCUUUGGAACAUUCUCCUUUUCUUGCUGAUCGUCCAGGCAGUGGCCCUCAUCAAGGCAUCCUUCGCCAGCUGCCUCCGCGGCAACAUCGUCAUGGUCUUCAUGUCCUUCUACUCAGUCCUGUACAUGUCCAGCCUGCUGCCCGCUAAGAUGUUUGCCAUAGCGACCAUCAAUAAGUCUGGCUGGGGCACGUCGGGGAGGAAGACCAUCGUGGUGAACUUCAUUGGGCUGGUGCCCAUUUCUGUGUGGUUCACCAUCCUGUUCUUUGGCAUUAUAUACACCGUCAUCCAAGAAACCAAGAAGCCCUUCCCAGAGUCGGAGAAGAUCAUCUUAAUAAUCGGCGCAAUAGUGUACGCCAGUUAUUGGGUGGUGCUUUUGACGUUAUACGUGGUCCUGAUUGCGAAAUGUGGCAAGAGGAAGAGCGAGCAGCAGUACGACAUGGUGCUGGACGUGUGAGUGUCUCCCUACGGCCCCUGCUUUCUCUCCACUACGUUUACAUUGUGAAAGUAUUGUAAGACUAAUGACCCUAAGGUGGACUAUCAGGUAGGUGAUCAAGGUCCUGUGACACCCUCCGCAAGAAAGAGAAAUCUUUGCUGCUGUGACUGAAACAAACAAGCCAAAAAGGUAUUGUGUUGUUUAAGAAACAAUAUUGUCGGUAAUAGGCUGUUCCUAAAUGUGCACCACCAAAAAAUGGGCAUCCUGUUCCUGUAUUUUUUUGCUUUUGUUUUUGUUUCACAUAUGGAAAUAUGAAUUCCUAUGCACUUUUAAAUGUUUCACUCUCAUUGUAUAUAAUGCUUGACAGACUCAUUUGAAGUACCAAAUACCUCAGUGGUAAUGUUGUCACAGUGUGAGUGAUCGGUAUGCAGUCACGCAAGGCUCAUUUUUAUCUGAAAUAAUUUAUGAUAGUUUUUUAACAUUAUGUGUAUGUAAACGGUUUUUAAAUGAAAGCCAAAAAACAGAACUUCAAAGCAUUUGGUCAUGCUGUACUUUUUAAUGUGCAUAUUGUAUUUUAAUACCUUUUUAUAUAGACAUGUUUAUUUUUGUUUAGCCACCAAAGAUUCUUUAUUUUCAUUCUUUUUUGUAUGAAAUCAAUCAAUGCAUUGUGCCUUAGACUGUUAAGACGAUGAAUUAUGUAUCUUACCAAAAAUGUGAAAUUGAGAAGCUGGGUUUUUGUUUUUGCAAUAGUAACAAUAAAAUGCAAAUCUAGGGAUAAGUUAUUGAUCUACAAGAAGGGUGAUUAACCUGUGUUUCAUGGUGUUCAUGGAAAGAAAACCAGCAUAUUUAUUAGAUCAUUCUGUGGUUUAUAGCUUUUAUACCAGAUUGAGAGGAUUACUUUGAUAUUUGUUAUACUAUACUGUAGGCCUACAAAAAUGACAUUGGAGUAUUGUGCCUGUUUUGACGGGAGUUUGUGACGGUGCCCUUAACAUAUGCAUUUACAGCAUAUGGGUGGGUGAACAGAACAGAGAGUGAAAGAAAUAUGCAAAAUCCUGCACAAAAUCAAAGCUGUAACAUUUGCACAAUAAUGUAUGCUCUGUGUUGUGGAGUAUGUGUUUCUGCUCUGCCUUAAUUGUCUCCAGUUCUUGGUGAAUCUAUAGAGUGCUGUGUCACUCUGUAUCUCUUAUGUCUAGAGUACCUGGCUUCCUGUUUCAGCCACAGGUUUAGAGACAUAUAUUUAUCACUGAAUAUUCAUCAAUGGUCUAGCUGAAAGGCAAAAUGGAAAUAAUGUUGUGCCUUAAUCAGGUGCCUUAACCAGCAGUCCGUUGGUUUGGUUGACUUCCUAAAUGCCGAAGUGCUGGAUGCAAACUGUUUUGACCCCCCAAUACCACUUUACGCAGUCCACAACACAAAGACCAAUCAAUGUAUGCUGAGUAAGAGACAAUAUCCACAACAUUUAUUUUUAUAGUAAAAGAGUAGCCCCCACAAGAAAGUCAUUGCUUUUGAAAUAGAAUUCUGACAAUGACCG